AUGUCGACUUCAGCUAAGGCGAAACGCGGCGGUGGGGGACGCAGGGGAAGAGGCAGAAAUAGGGCCAGCCCAGCAAUUACGGGGGCAGUGGUGGGUGGGGCGGCCGGCGGUGCUGCCGGGAGGAACGGCACGGCGCAUUCGUCGUCGUUGGGUGGGCCGGAGUACAAUUCAUAUUUCGGUGGUCUUGCUCGUCAGUUAUUGCUGGCAACUUUCCUAGUUUGCUUUCUGGCUCUGUGGGCAGCAUAUUAA